UUACUGUAUAUCAAGUAAAUUUUGCUUCGAUAUUUGUUAUUAUGUGUGAAAAACACAGGUAAACAGUAUUUACCUAGUGAAUCAAAAUACAUGGACUGUAUGAUGUCCUUUUACAUUAUCUACGGAUGUUCUUUGUCCAAUUGACUAUUGAGUGAUCACUUCUAAAACCAACUCCUCAAAUACAAUCACUUGCCGUCUGUAGGCUAUUCAUAUCAGGAGUACCCUUUUUUACUCCAAAUUUACAUUAACAACAAAUUCGUGAAGGAGUCAAACUCUUGCCUGCUCGGUCAAAUCGGAUAAGGAAAAACUCGAGAGAUUGCUUCGAAAUAAGAUUCUUGCUGCUGGCGGACGGCUAGUGUGUUUUAUGUACGUGUUGAAGCACCAAAUACCAAAGCCAAAAGGUUAAUAAUAAAUAUUCUUCUCAUUAAUGCCAAUCACUUUGGAUAUAACAUUUUCAUUACUCGCAAGUGACUUUAACUGCUUGGAUAAUAAUGAACAAAAUUUGCAAAGGUUCCAAAUACAAAUAAACAAAAAGGAGGCACAAUAGCAUCUUCUGCCCCAAACUAAAUAGCAUCUUCUGCCUCAAAUAAGGUAAUAAUUGUCCACUAAAUAUCAUUUUUCCAUGCAUACAAGUAAAACAACAAAGCUAUGUUGCUCGGAUUCUCCCAAUAUAUUGUCGUACCCGUGCCGGAUUCUCAAAAAUGUACUUUUUGAAGGAUUCAACGCACCCGGCAUCAUUUUUGAAAAGUCCAAGCAACAUAGGUGCAAAGUUCAGACAACCAAUGAGUGUAUAUUAAUAGCGAAGCCUACUCGUUUAGCUUAUCAGUAUCACAUUCUUCAGGUAUAGUUUUCUCUGAUCACGUGAUCCAUCCUUUCUCCCCCUUUUGUCAAAAGGCUGCGUGGCCCGACCCUGAGAAAAAAACGUUCACCAACUUCUUCCACAGGAAAUUGAAACUUUACAUGGCUGAUUAUAAUGAGAACCUUACUCCUAGUGAGCUUCUUAAAGCUGAAACACAACCAUGGAACCAACUCUAUUUCUUCAUAGAGCAUGUAUCACUAAACUGUGCACUUCAAUUGGACAUACCUAAUGCCAUCACCAAACAUGGCAAACCAAUGACUCUAUCAAAACUCAUAGCUUCCCUCCCUAUUAGCGCGUCAAAAGUUCCCUACUUUCACCGCCUUACUCGAAUGUUAGUUCAUUAUGGCCUGUUGAUUCUUCAAAAAUAUGAAGGUUGCGACUAUGACGAUGAUAAUAAAGGGUAUUAUUCGCUUGCACCAGCUGAUCGCUAUGUAGUGAAGGAUGGGCCUUGGAGCUCGAUGGAAGAUCAAGAUACUUUUUUCUUUAAAGCAUGGAAUUGUUUAGGUGAUUGGUUCAAGAAUGAGGAUCCAAGUGCAUUUUAUACUGCAUAUGGAGAUUAUUUCUGGGACAAACUUUCGAGGGAUCCGAGUAUUGGUACUUGGUUUAACGAGAACAUGGCCAGAGAUUCACGAUCAUUCAUGAACGUGUUGAUUGGCGACGAGUUUAAGGAUGUGUUCGAAGGAUUGACUUCUUUAGUUGAUGUUGGAGGAGGGACUGGAACUGUUGCAAUGGCCAUAGCCAAAAAAUUCUCUGACGUGAAAUGUAUUGUUCUUGAUCUUCCCCCUGUGGUGGCUAACUUGCAAGGAAGUGAAAAUCUGGAGUUUGUAGCAGGGGAUAUGUUUCAGGAAAUUCCCCCUGCUAAUACAGUCUUACUCAAGUCAAUUCUACACGAUUGGAAUGAUGAAGAAUGUCUGAAAAUUCUGAAGAACUGCAAGAAGGCAAUAAUAGGAAGUGGAAAAGGUGAGAAUAAAGUUAUCAUUAUAGACAUGGUGAUGGAAAAUCCAGAGAUGGAUGAUGAAUCUGUUCAAGUACAGCUCUUCAUAGACAUGCUGGUGAUGGUUUUCUUGGGUAGCAAAGAGAGGAACAAAAAAGAGUGGGAAAAACUUUUCUUAGAUGCUGAUUUUAGUAGCUACAAAAUUAAUCACACUCUUGGUUUGAGGUCUGUCAUUGAACUCUACCCUUAGAUCUCUUUUUUCAUUUGGUUUCCCACCCGGUGUCCGGUAUUUGUAUUGUGGCCCAACUAAGUUCUGAUUCGUGCAGGAAAAUUCCCACAUAGGGGUAAAACGAUCUCUAACAAACGCAAUACCCUCAGAUCUCUCAUGCUUGUAUAAGUUGGUUGCAAUAUGAAAAAUCUUAACUUUAUCGU